AAUUUCCAGUUGUGAACCACUCUGAUUAUUCAGAUUCUUUCCCUGUUAAACUUUCAAUUUUUUAAAGAUUUAUUUAAAUCAUAAGAUAAAGCUUGUUCUGUUUUUCACUUCAGUUCCUGUUCUGUUUUUUCACAAGGAGCAUCAGAAUUAAUGGAUCUCAGAAUUUGUUUUUUCAGCCUCUCUCAUACUUGGCUUCUUCUUUAAUCCGAAUUACAUUCUCUCAGGAAUUUUAAUUGAGUAGAUGGAAGAAGAAAAUAAUCAAGUUCUGAUUGAUAUUGACGAGUUAGCAAAAAUUGUAAGCAGAGAGUUGGAAACCCUGCAGCCAUUAUCUGACACUUGUUUCAUCUACAGAGCUCCCAAGCGACUGCGAGACUUGAAUGAAAAGGCCUACACACCUCAGUUAGUCUCCAUUGGUCCCUACCAUCACGGCAGAAAAGAGUUAAAACCCAUGGAAGAGCAUAAAAGAAGGUACUUGCAAUAUUUUCCUGAAAGAAGCAAGGUAAAUAUGGGAGAUUCGAUUCGAGUUGUUGCAAAGAAUGAAACAAGACUGCGCAAUAUCAUUAAUCUGACUAGUCAUGAAUUUGUGAAAAUCUCAAGGAGGAGUGUUGUGAUAUUGAAACUACUAAAAUUUGAAAUAUCUGAUGAUCGCCUGCAGAUGAACAACGCAGAAGAAGUUUAUGUUGAAGAGUUAGCAAAGUGUGUGAAGAAGGAGCUGGACAUCCUGCAACCUUUAUCAGACAAGUGUAGUAUCUACGAAGUUCCAGAAAAAGAAAGAAAAUUGAAUGAAAAGGCAUACACACCUCGAGUUGUCUCCACAGGCCCUCUUCACCAUAGGAAAGAAGAGCUCAGGGCAAUGGAAGAGCAUAAAAGGAGGUACUUGCUGGAUUUUCUUCAAUGGAGCCAUGCAAGCAUGGGGGAUAUGAUCACAUGUAUCAAGGAAAAUGAGAGAAGAUUGCGUGAUUGCUAUGCAGAGCCAAUUGAACUCGCAAGUGAGAAAUUUGUGAAAAUGAUGUUGGUAGACGCUGCCUUCCUCAUUUCUCUUUUACUUAAAAAAUAUUUCCCAGAAUUGCAAAGCAGUAGUGACCGUAUAUUUAACAAACCCAACCUGAUUCUUGAUAUAAGGGUUGACAUAUUUUUGCUGGAAAAUCAGGUUCCGUUUUUUAUUCUUGUGGAUUUGUUUGAGCUGUCUAAAAUAGGUGUACGUGUGGAGGGCGUGCAGAUCUCUAUGAUUGAGCUCACUUAUUUUUUCUUUGAAGGUAGAUAGGGUUCUUGGGUGAGAGAGGACAUUCUACAGCUACAAGAUUUCUCUCAAGUAGAACAUUUUCUUGAUUUUUUAAGAAUUUGUCAGCGACCGCCAAAGCCUAAGCCCUCAAACAAAAAAAUAAUAGACCUAGUGGCACCAACAAUAACAGAGCUCCAUCAUGCUGGUGUAAAGAUUGAGUUGCAUUCAAGCAGAAACAAACUGGACAUUGAAUUUGAUAGUAAAAAGGGGAUUCUAAAAAUCCCACGCUUUAAAAUGGAGGAGGCAGUAGAAAUUCUGUUAAGAAAUCUACAGAUAUUUGAGGAGUGUCAUUUUCAGAGCAGAGACAAGUACGUGAAUGACUACGCGUGCAUGCUUGCUUAUCUUAUCAGAUCUGAUAAGGAUGUGGAAAUACUAGAGCAAAGAGGGAUUCUAGAAAAUUGGAUGCAGAACAACCAAGCCGUGGCAACAUUUUUAGGUAGCAUUGACUGGAAUGUCAAUCGUAGGAUGUUCUACUUUUUUACAAUUCUUGAAGAUCUGAAUUCGUAUUGCAAAAAUCCUUGGCACAAAUGGAAUGCCAACUUGAGACAAAAUUAUUUUAACACUCCAUGGGCGGGGAUCUCAGUUGCUGCAGCUGCUUUUCUUCUCUUUCUCACUAUAAUUCAAACUGUGUGUUCUAUCCUUCAACUGUAGGCGUGCCUAGGCCUUAGCUAUGUCUAAUUCUCUGUUUCUGUUCAGUGAAUCAAAGUUUGCUCUUGUAUUGUGCGUUAAAAAUUACUCCUCUUGUCCCAAAAUAUAUUUGGUUUUGAAGUGAUUAUUUUGUUUUAAAAUA